AUGUCUCUCGGACGAACCUUCAAGCUCAACUCGGGCUAUCAAAUCCCCGCCGUCGGUCUCGGCACUUGGCUCUCCAAGCCCCAUGAAGUCGAGAACGCAGUGGAAACCGCUCUCCGAAAAGGCUACCGUCACAUCGAUGCCGCUGCAUGCUAUCAAAAUGAGAACGAAGUAGGAAACGGAUGGAAGAAGUCCGGAGUCCCUCGUGAAGACAUCUUCAUCACCAGCAAGCUAUGGAACACACACCACCACCCAAACCAUGUGGAAGAAGCAAUCAACAAGACAUUGAGCGAUCUCCAAACCGACUACCUGGACCUAUACCUGAUCCACUGGCCUGUCGCAUUUGCCCACACCAACGAAACACUCACCCCGACCGACCCGGUCACCAAGCGCUUCCGACUAGCCGACGUGCCGGUCUCGGAAACCUGGGCUGCCCUGGAGAAAUUCGUGCAGUCUGGCAAGAUCAGAAGUCUGGGAAUAAGUAACUUUACUAUUUCCGCGACCAAGGAGCUUCUGAAAACUGCUCGGAUUCCCCCUGCUGCUAACCAGAUCGAGGCACACCCUUACCUCUUGCAACCGGAGUUGUUCAAGUACUUGAAAGAGCAGGAUAUUCUUCCUGUGGCUUAUUCUCCGCUUGGGAAUAAUAUUUAUGAUUUGCCUCGUGUGGUCAACGACCCUGUCGUCGAAGAUAUCGCCAAGAAGCUGAACAAGGACCCAGCGCAGGUGCUUAUUUCCUGGGCUAUUCAGCGUGGUUCUGCUGUGUUGCCCAAGAGUGUCACGCCCUCUCGCAUUGAGAGUAAUUUCCAAGACUUUGUCAUUCCCGACGAGGAAUUCGCUGCCCUCAACAAGCUCGACAAGAACACACGCUACAACUAUCCAUUCCGCUGGGGUGUAGAUGUGUUCGAGGAACUGGGCGCUGCUGAGGCUGAACGCCGCGCUGAAGAGCAUGCUGCUAGCCAGCGCUAA